AGCAGAUGUCCUAUAAGUCUUAUCGCUGCGUGUGCUUUUCCAGUCACAAUGGUAGAGUGAAGAUGGGUGACUGGAACUUCCUCGGAGGCAUUUUGGAAGAGGUGCACAUCCACUCCACCAUGGUGGGCAAGAUCUGGCUCACCCUGCUCUUUGUCUUCCGCAUGCUGGUCCUCGGCGUGGCAGCCGAGGAUGUGUGGAACGACGAGCAGGCCGACUUUGUGUGCAACACUGAACAGCCGGGCUGCCGGAACGCCUGCUACGACUUGGCCUUCCCCAUCUCGCUCAUCCGCUACUGGGUGCUGCAGGUCAUCUUCGUGUCCUCGCCCUCGCUGGUCUACAUGGGCCACGCCCUCUACAGGCUGCGGGCCCUGGAGAAGGCCCGGCGGAGGAGGAAGGCUGCGCUCAGGAAGGAGCUGGAGGAGGUGGACGCAGAGUGGGUGGAAUCUAGGAAGAGGAUCGAGCGGGAGAUGAAGCAGCUGGAGCAAGGGAAGCCCAACAAAGCUCCCCUCAGGGGGUCUCUGCUGUGCACCUACGUGGCCCAUGUGGUCACCCGCUCCGUGGUGGAGGUGGCCUUCAUGCUGGGCCAGUACCUUCUCUACGGCUUCCGCUUGCACCCCUUGUUCAAAUGCCAGCGCUACCCUUGCCCCAACGCUGUGGACUGCUACGUGUCCAGGCCCACGGAGAAGAGCGUCUUCAUGGUCUUCAUGCAGUGCAUCGCCGCCAUGUCUCUCUUCCUCAACAUCUUGGAAGUCCUCUACCUGGGCUACAAGAGAAUUAGGAGGGACAUCCUGGACUUUUAUCCACAUUUGUGGGACGAAAGGGACGACUUGGAAUUUUACAGAAGCAAAAAAGCCUCGGUGGUGCAAGUAGGUCACAGAAAAGCCACAUUAGUUUCAGCACCGGGAGACUUUGUCUUCAUGGAGACCAGGCGGGGAAGCCGUUUCUACCCAACGCAACCUUCUGCAGGUUGUCAGGGAGCGAGCAAGCAGGACGACUCCACUAUGGCUCCAACUGAUGUGAAUAAGGAGGACUUAAGGAGUCAGGAUAAGGAGACCAGUAGUGGAAGAAGUAGCCCACAGAAGGCUUCUUCAUCUUAUACCUUUCAGACAGUAAGGAGGCCAUGGGGGCCCCACGAUGCCCCCCUCAGGUGCGCCACCGUGCUGGAGGGCAGGAGCUCAGACACGGACUCAUGCGGAUGUGAGGAAGGCACCCCGUUGGGGCUUCAAAGCUGGCAGUCCACCUCAGGCUUGGCGGAGAACUCCAAACGCAACCCAAGAGCAGCUUCCUCCUCCGGCCGCAGGGCGUCCGAGGCUAGUGUGGUGAGUAGCAGACAAGCAAGGGACCUUCAAAUCUGACUUACAGUAGAACCCAUUGCUUCCACUAGGGUUGUUGCAUCAGUUAGGAAGUCAUGAAAUCUCCCUGUGAGGGAGUGCAGACCUCCACCAAGCCAAACUGUUAAAACAACUCCUUUAUCGCUAAUGAAUGUGUCUCAUGUGCUGGAUUUCACAGCCUCAGGAGGCAUGGGUCAAUAAAAAAAAGCAAUGCAGACCUCCAUCAAGGCCAAACGUAAAUUUAUCGCUGAUU